UUCAAGAGGCUGUCAUCAGCGAACUUGUCAGACUGCAAAUCUAAGUAACAAUCUCUGACCUACUACUACAAUGGCACAUACAAAGACUGCAGAUGACAUGCAACAUACCCUUUCUCUCAGCUCAAAAAAACAACUACAGGAACAAUUACACUCUGAACAGCAAGAAGUUGAUGCCAUUAUACAGCCGCUGCUGGAGACUGAGGCUGGAUUCAUAAAGAACCUGGAUCACUACCUUACUCACAGAGGCACACUGGACCUGAGGAAACGCAAACUGCUCCAUAAGCGCUGGACACAGAGUGUGUGGCUGCCGGUACAGCAGAGCAUUGAGCAACAUUUUACAAACCAUGGCUAUACUGAGACACAGAAGCUGAGGAGCAUGCAUGCACACUACAUUAAAUACUGUAAUGCAAAGGGUUUUGUGUUUCUAGAGAGUUAUGAUUCUCUGGAGUACAACCCCUUCCUGCACCACUUCAACACACCACAUUAUCGCAAAAUUUCCACCCCAACACUGGAGGAUCCCUUGUCUCUUCAGUCACGAGCCAGGAUUAAAGAAAAGACAGUAAUACUUCGUUGCCAAACAGGUCAUGUAUAUCGCCGUCAACAAGUGGAGGAACUUCUCCAGAGACCUCCUGUUUCCCAACAGAGCCGUAAACAGUCACGGGCCAAAGUCUCCAGAGAUACUUCCCCAGAGAGACUUUGGGUGAACCGCAGUCGGUUUAAAUCAAGGAGUACAUGCACUCCACAUUCAGCUUUGGCAGUGAGAGGGUGCAUCCUCCCUCAGUGCUGGUCCUGUUGUUGAUGACUGCGUUCAAUAGGGCCUUGUUGACAGGAGUUUGUAUAUACACAUGGG